AGCACACAAACUCAUCAGAUCAGCAGCAGGGGAACCCCAUUCGUCCAAUCUUCAAAGAGAUUCUUCCCACGAAAAAUCAAAGUCCUCAAUUUUCAAUUUUUCUGCAGAAUUAUUCGAUUCGAUCAACCAGAAAUUGGCUGUAAUGGCGACUCGUUACUGGGUGGCGUCUCUCCCCGUCGGUCAAGGCACCUCCGCCUCCUCUUUAUGGAGUCGCCUUCAGGAAUCCAUAUCCAAACAAUCGUUCGACACGCCUCUUUACAGAUUCAACAUUCCGAAUCUGCGUGUCGGCACCCUGGAUUCGCUGUUGUCUCUAAGUGAUGAUUUGUCGAAGGCAAACAGCUUUAUUGAAGGAGUGUCGCACAAAAUCAGACGACAGAUUGAGGAAUUGGAGAGGGUCUCGGGAGUUGUUAGUAGCUCCCUUACUGUUGAUGGAGUUCCUGUUGACUCUUACCUCACUAGGUUUGUGUGGGAUGAGGCGAAAUAUCCAACAAUGUCGCCACUUAAGGAGACUGUAGAUGGAAUUCAUGUACAAAUCGCCAGAAUUGAGGAUGAUCUCAAGGUUCGUGUUGCUGAGUAUGGCAAUGUCCGCAGCCAACUGAAUACCAUAAGUAGAAAGCAGGCUGGAAGCUUAGCUGUUCGUGACCUUUCCAAUAUGGUAAAGCCACAGGACAUCAUUACUACGGAACACUUGACAACCCUCCUAGCAGUUGUUCCAAGUUAUUCUCAGAAGGACUGGUUAUCUAGCUACGAGACACUUACGACUUUCGUGGUCCCCAGAUCCUCAAAGAAGCUCCACGAGGACAAUGAAUAUGCUCUAUUUACUGUAACAUUAUUCAGUCGCGAUGCUGACAAUUUCAGAACUAAGGCACGCGAGAGAAGUUUUCAAAUUCGUGAUUUCGAAUAUAAUUCGGAAACACAAGAGAGUAGGAAACAGGAGCUUGAAAAGCUGAUGCAAGACCAGGAAUCACUGCGAAACUCUUUGUUGCAAUGGUGCUAUACUAGUUACGGAGAGGUUUUCAGCUCAUGGAUGCACUUCUGUGCUGUGCGUGUCUUUAGUGAAAGCAUUCUGCGAUACGGUCUGCCUCCAUCAUUUCUGUCUGUUGUACUGGCACCAUCUCUGAAAAGUGAGAAAAAAGUUCGCUCCAUUCUUGAGGGACUGUGCACCAGUUCAAAUAGCACAUACUGGAAAGGAGAGGAUGAAGUAGGGAUGGGUGGUUUCGGAGGCGAUUCGGAUGCACAUCCUUAUGUCUCGUUCACCGUCAAUCUUGUCUAAUAAGCUUUUCAGGCAAUUAGUGCAUCUGUCCAUUUUGCCUUAUUUUCUCAUGGCCAUCACAAAUAAAGGAGAGAGUUUCUGCUACACUUGUAUUAUAGAGUAAAUUAUUCAAUUCAUUUCUUCUUCUUUUAAGAAGUUAUUAUACACUGCUUGUAAAAACAUUCGCGUAUAUUUUGUUUUUGUCUUUCUCUAUUGUGUCUUUCUACGGGCAUCUGCUUGGUUUGCAGUGGAAUUCGAAGCUUUUGUUGUCGAGUUUGUGUUGAAGAGCUACGGAAUUGGUUUGUAUUAUCACUGAGAUGUUAUUAUUAUUUAGUAAAAUAAACUGUUCUUUUGUGCAA